AUGUUGCUAGGAUGUGGUUUAACCGUGGUCAUCGUGUGUGAACGUCGUGGUUCACGGUUCACCGAGUCGGACGGCGGCGAGCAUGAUUCGUCCACUAAAAAUUCGUCCACUGUUGAACUAGAGACGAUUCGUCCACAACCAAAAAUUGUUCUUGGACAACCCGCCCAAGCCUCCUUCACCCACCAGUCCCACCCAGCCUCCUCUACCACCAGUCCCGCCCCAGCCUCCUCUACCCACCAGUCCCACUCAGCCUCCUCUACCCACCAGUCCCACUCAGCCUCCUCUACCCACCAGUCCCACUCAGCCUCCUCUACCCACCAGUCCCACCCAGCCUCCUCUACCCACCAGUCCCACCCCAGCCUCCUCUACCCACCAGUCCCACCCAGCCUCCUCUACCCACCAGUCCCACUCAGCCUUCUCUACCCACCAGUCCCACUCAGCCUCCUCUACCCACCAGUCACACCCAGCCUCCUCUACCCACCAGUCUCACCCCAGCCUCCUCUACCCACCAGUCCCACUCAGCCUCCUCUACCCACCAGUCACACUCAGCCUCCUCUACCCACCAGUCCCACCCAGCCUCCUCUACCCACCAUCCCACGCAGCCUUCUCUACCCACCAAUCCCACUCAGCCUCCUCUACCCACCAGUCCCACCCAACCUCCUCUAUCCACCAGUCCCGCCCAGCCUGCUCUACCCACCAAUCCCACUCAGCCUCCUCUACCCACCAGUCCCACCCAGCCUCCUCUACCCACCAGUCCCAACCCAGCCUCCUCUACCCACCAGUCCCAACCCAGCAUCCUCUACCCACCAGUCCCACUCAGCCUCCUCUACCCACCAGUCCCACGCAGCCUUCUCUACCCACCAGUCCCACUCAGCCUCCUCUACCCACCAGUCCCACCCAACCUCCUCUAUCCACCAGUCCCGCCCCAGCCUGCUCUACCCACCAGUCCCACCAACCUCCUCUACCCACCAGUCCCACCCAGCCUCCUCUACCCACCAGUCCCACCCCAGCCUCCUCUACCCACCAGUCCCACUCAGCCUCCUCUACCCACCAGUCCCACGCAGCCUUCUCUACCCACCAAUCCCACUCAGCCUCCUCUACCCACCAGUCCCACCCAACCUCCUCUAUCCACCAGUCCCGCCCCAGCCUGCUCUACCCACCAAUCCCACUCAGCCUCCUCUACCCACCAGUCCCACCCAGCCUCCUCUACCCACCAGUCCCAACCCAGCCUCCUCUACCCACCAGUCCCACUCAGCCUCCUCUACCCACCAGUCCCACGCAGCCUUCUCUACCCACCAGUCCCACUCAGCCUCCUCUACCCACCAUCCCACCCAGCCUCCUCUACCCACCAGUCCCACCCAGCCUCCUCUAGCCACCAGUCCCACUCAGCCUCCUCUAGCCACCAGUCCCACUCAGCCUCCUCUAGCCACCAGUCCCACUCAGCCUCCUCUAGCCACCAGUCCCGCCCCAGCCUCCUCUACCCACCAGUCCCACCCAGCCUCCUCUACCCACCAGUCCCACCAGCCUCCUCUACUAACCAGUCCCACUCAGCCUCCUCUACCCACCAGUCCCACCAGUCCCACUCAGCCUCCUCUACCCACCAGUCCCACCCCAGCCUCCUCUAGCCACCAGUCCCACUCAGCCUCCUCUACCCACCAGUCCCACUCAGCCUCGUCUACCCACCAGUCCCACCCAGCCUCCUCUACCCAGCCUCCUCUAACCGCCAGUCCCACCCAGCCUCCUCUACCCACCAGUCCCACUCAGCCUCCUCUACCCACCAGUCCCACCCAACCUCCUCUAUCCACCAGUCCCGCCCCAGCCUGCUCUACCCACCAGUCCCACCAACCUCCUCUACCCACCAGUCCCACCCAGCCUCCUCUACCCACCAGUCCCACCCAGCCUCCUCUAGCCACCAGUCCCACUCAGCCUCCUCUAGCCACCAGUCCCACUCAGCCUCCUCUAGCCACCAGUCCCACUCAGCCUCCUCUAGCCACCAGUCCCGCCCCAGCCUCCUCUACCCACCAGUCCCACCCAGCCUCCUCUACCCACCAGUCCCACCAGCCUCCUCUACUAACCAGUCCCACUCAGCCUCCUCUACCCACCAGUCCCACUCAGCCUCCUCUACCCACCAGUCCCACCCCAGCCUCCUCUAGCCACCAGUCCCACUCAGCCUCCUCUACCCACCAGUCCCACUCAGCCUCGUCUACCCACCAGUCCCACCCAGCCUCCUCUACCCAGCCUCCUCUAACCGCCAGUCCCACCCAGCCUCCUCUACCCACCAGUCCCACCCCAGACUGCUCUACUCACCAGUCCCACCCCAGACUGCUCUACCCACCAGUCCCACCCCAGACUGCUCCACACAGCAGCUGUCUAUUUGCCGCAAUGUGCUUCUGA